GUUGGCCACAGUUUUCAAAGCCUCCCCUCACUCUGCCUUCCCAGUCUGCAGUCGGCGGUGAAGCACAGGUCAGUGGCAGGAGAGUGGACAAGGUGCUGCCCCGUCGCCGCCAUGCCGGAAGUGUAAAGAAAAUCCAAGAUCACUGCCUCGCGCAAGCUCCUGCUGAAGAGCUUGAUGCUGGCCAAGGCCAAGGAGUGCUGGGAGCAGGAGCACGAGGCCCGCGAGGCUGAGAAGGUGCGCUACCUGGCCGAGCGCAUCCCGGCGCUGCAGACCCGCGGCCUGUCCCUUAGCGCCCUGCAGGACCUGUGCCGGGAGCUGCACGCCAAGGUGGAGGUGGUGGAUGAGGAGCGCUACGACAUCGAGGCCAAAUGCCUGCACAACACCAGGGAGAUCAAGGACCUGAAGCUCAAGGUGCUGGACCUCCGUGGGAAGUUCAAGCGCCCGCCGCUGCGCCGGGUCCGCGUCUCGGCCGACGCCAUGCUCCGGGCCCUGCUGGGCUCCAAGCACAAGGUGUCCAUGGAUCUGCGGGCCAACCUCAAGUCCGUGAAGAAGGAGGACACGGAGAAGGAGCGGCCCGUGGAGGUGGGCGAUUGGAGGAAGAACGUGGAGGCCAUGUCCGGGAUGGAGGGCCGCAAGAAGAUGUUUGACGCUGCCAAGUCCCCGACCUCACAGUAAAGGCCGCCGGUGCUCUGGGCUCCCGCUUCCUGUGCCUUCGCCCAACCCUGCGACCCCUUCUUUGCCCCUGCUCUUUCUUGCAGCGUGCACGCUCUCCUCUGCAGCUGGGAUUCAACAGACAGCACAGGACAGCGGAAGGGCAGGUGCAUGCCUGAAGACCCCAAGCCAGCACCAGGGCCUCCCUGACCCCCCGUGGUGCAGCUGGAGCAGAGUCCGCAUGGCCCCUUCCUGCCAGCCCCGGGCUGUCUCCCUGCACUGCUGCUGUGACAGCCACAGGGGCCCCAGACAUUGCAGCCUCUCCAUUAAAAACCUAGUUUCCCGCUUGUU